UGUGUGUGUGUUAGUGAGACAGUGAGAGUAGGGAGUGAGUAGAGAUCGCAGACUAUAGAGGAGCAGAGAGUGGUGCGGCGGGUGACAGUGAGAGCAGCAGGCAGUUAGCGCGCAGUAGUGUAGUCCCCUGUCACUAGUUGCAGGCUCAGUAGUAGCAGCAGCUGCUCACUAGGAGGAUGGUGUGAGUGCAGCAGCCUCUCUCUCUCUCUGUCUCUCUCCUCCUCUGUCUGUCUCCCUCCCUCUCUCCCCGGCUCUCUGUGCCGGAUGGUGUGCGGGGCUCCCCGGGCAGGGGAUGUGAUCUGCCCGGCCACGGGAACACAGCGGCCGGCGCGAUGAUCAGGAUCUUCCCGGACUUCAGCGUGCAGGUGACGGCGGCUCCGGGGACUGGCGGGGCUCCUCCCGAUCCCGGGGCGGCCAGAAGCGGUGGAGCUAACGGGAACCACCAGCAUAAUGUGCCCGGGGUCAGCUCCUACCAACAGCGGGGAGCCUCCAGACCUAUCAGCGCAUGUCCCGCCCCCUGUCCUCCAGAUCUCAACCUAAGUUUACAAGCUCUGCGAAAAGAAAAGUCGAGGGACGCGGCUCGCUCUCGACGUGGGAAGGAGAACUUUGAGUUUUACGAGCUGGCCAAACUUCUCCCGCUCCCUGGAGCCAUCACCAGUCAGCUUGAUAAGGCAUCCAUCAUCAGGCUGACCAUCAGCUACCUGAAGAUGAGAGACUUUGCCAACCAGGGUGACCCACCCUGGAACCUACGUAUAGAAGGUCCUCCACCGAACACCUCUGUUAAAGUUAUAGGGUCCCAGCGGCGGAGGAGUCCCAGCUCUGUGGCGACUGAUGUUUUUGAAUCUCAUCUGGGAAGUCACAUUCUCCAGUCUCUGGACGGAUUUGUAUUUGCACUAAACCAAGAAGGAAAGUUUUUGUACAUUUCGGAGACUGUGUCCAUCUACCUUGGCUUGUCUCAGGUGGAACUGACGGGAAGCAGUAUGUUUGACUAUGUGCACCCAGGGGACCACGUAGAGAUGGCAGAGCAGCUUGGCAUGAAACUUCCCCCUGGGCGAGGGCUUCUAUCCCAGAGUGCCAAUGAUGAUGGAGCCAGUUCAGCAUCCUCAUCUUCGCAGUCAGAGACCCCUGAGCCGGUGGAGUCCACCAGUCCCGGGAUUCUCCCUCAGGAUAAUUCUUUGGAACGCUCCUUUUUUAUCAGGAUGAAAUCCACCCUGACCAAGAGAGGGGUGCACAUCAAAUCCUCGGGGUACAAGGUUAUCCACGUCACUGGGCGACUUCGUCUCCGCGUGUCCCUAUCCCAUGGACGUUCAGGGGCCGGGCAAGUGAUGGGUCUUGUGGUGGUGGCUCAUGCCCUCCCUCCCCCAACCAUCAAUGAAGUUCGAAUCGACUGCCAAAUGUUUGUAACUCGUGUCAACAUGGACCUCAAUAUUAUAUACUGUGAAAAUAGGAUCAGUGAUUACAUGGACCUCAAUGCUGUGGAUCUGAUGGGUAAAAGAUGCUAUCACUUUAUCCAUGCCGAGGAUGUGGAGGGCAUCAGGCACAGCCAUCUUGACUUGUUAAACAAGGGGCAGUGCGUCACCAAGUAUUACCGCUGGAUGCAGAAGAACGGGGGCUAUAUCUGGGUCCAGUCCUGUGCCACUAUCUCUAUAAAUGCCAAGAAUGCCAAUGAGAGAAACAUCAUCUGGGUCAACUAUAUUCUUAGUUUGCAAGAAUACAAGGACAUCCCCAUGGAUAUCGCCCAGCUUCCGCACUUACCUGAGAAGACAUCAGAAUCCUCUGAGACAUCUGACUCUGAUUCGGACUCCAAGGAUAAUUCAGAAGACAAUGAAAAUCCAAAGUCAGAUGGAAAGGGAAAUCUCUCAGAACAGAGCGAAGAUCCAGAACCAGACCACAAGCAGCCGGGGGCCCAUUCUGAUCCAGAGAUGAACUGUGAUGAAGAAGGAAACAGUUCUAGUGAUGCCUGCAGUGAGGAAAGUGAAGAAAGUGAAGACUGUGAAUUGAGGAAAGCAGAGGUGGUGAUGGAGCAAGGGGGGCUGAGUGCUCUGGGAGGUAUUGGUGCCCUGGAUACGUUAGGCCCAAUGCACAUAAAGGUGGAGCGUUACGCAGAGAGUGAGGCAGAUAUGCGAGGGCCGGAUUCUUUGAGCUCAGACAGUGCCAAGGACUCAGAGAGUGUAGAAGAAGACGAAGAUGAUGAUGGAAUCCAAGUAGCAGGGGUUCUAAGCCGUCACCAGAGGAGGAAAAGAAGGAGAAGAAACAGGACAGGACCAUGUGGAGGACGCAGGAGAAGAUUGUCAGGAGGAUGUAGCCCAGGUGGCAUAGAGAGCUCACUGGGGGACCCUCCUAGACUUCUCCCCUCCACCCCUCCUCCCACAGGAGGCUGCUCCUCUUCCUCUGUACUUAAGAUCAAAACAGAAAUGGCAGAGCCCAUCAACUUUGACAAUGACAGUAGCAUCUGGAACUUUCCUCCAAACAGGGAAAUCUCCCGUAAUGAGUCUCCCUACAGUAUGACCAAGCCUCCCACAGGAGGUGAGCACUUCUCCCCCUCCCCGUCCUCCUCAACUGCCCCCCAAGCCCUUCAUGUUUCCAUUCCAGACUCUGUCCUCACGCCCCCAGGUGGGACAGAAAGUGCUGGACGCAGCAAACUGCAAUUUGCUGGAUCCUCAGCAGGUUUGGCUACUGUCGGUUCAGACCCCCUUUCCCCUCCCCUCUCCGCUUCACCCCGGGAAAAGCCACCACAGACCAGUGGCCCAUCUAACUCUCUUCUGUACGCAGGGGAGCUGGAAGCUCUGCAGAGGCUUCAGGCUGGAAAUGUGGUUUUGCCCCUUGUGCAUCGUGUGGCAGGGACAUUAGCAGCCACUGGAAGUAGUGGGCAGAGGGUAUAUACCACAGGCACCAUUCGUUAUGCCCCUGCAGAGGUAACACUGGGCAACCUCCUUCCAAACACUCACCCUGUGAACUUUGUAGAUGUGAAUGGCCCAGGAUUUGGACUGGACCCCAAAACCCCAAUGGAGAUGCUCUACCACCAUGUCCACCGGUUAAAUAUGUCUGGCCCGUUUGGAGGAGCUGUGUCAGGAGCUGGGCUUACCCAAGUGCCAGCUGCUAGUGUCUUCACAACAGCAGAGGGAAUCUUCUCAUCUCUCCCCUUCCCAGUGUACAGCAAUGGCAUCCAUGCAGCACAGACUCUAGAACGGAAAGAGGACUGAGGGAAUGAGGCAAAAUGUGAAUGAGAGGAGGAAGAGGAGGAGAAAGAAAGGACAGACUGCAGAGAGCGAGAGAGCGGAGAAAGACCUUCUAAAGGAACUGCAGAAUGUAGGUUGUUAUGUACAGGGGUUUGGGGCAGCUAAAUCUGGCCCCUCCAUGUCUCCUCCUUUGCUGCCUAUUCCAAAGCCGUAAGGGGAGGUGGUGUGUACGAGCCAGUAUUAUAAGAUAUUGCUCUCCCCAAAAGCAGUCUGGGACCAGUAGCCCCGUCUUCCGUGCCACACACACAAACAAUAACAGGGCUGCACAAGGCAUUGAUUCCCCUGCCCCAUUAGGACACUUCCAUCGGCUUUGGUUUAGUUAGCAGGUGCCUCUCCAGGGGACCGACGGCACUGUGCCCGUUGCUCCAUCAUUUAGUGAAGGGGCAGCGGCUGUGUUCCUUUACAACAUAAAAUAUUCCAGCACUUUGACUCACACAUAGAAUCCCCCCUAAAACCCUGGAAUACUUUGUGAACCCUACUGUCCCCACCAGGCAUACUGGAACAUGGCUUCCUUUUUUUUUUCUCUCUCUCUCUCUCUUUUCCACUUUUUAUAUUAUAGAUUAUUAUUUUUUUUUCAUUAUUUUGGGACCUCUCCCUGUCUGCUGCUGGAGUGUUUCAUCAAUUAACCCCUUAGUCACCAGAAAGGUCAGAGUGCCUGCUAUUCUGGCCCAUUGAGGGUUAAUAGUGCUUGCACUACAGGUCCUGGGAACCCCAAGCAGCUUGGCGUGAGUUCUUUCCAUGCCAAAAGGGGGGUCCAUAAUGGUAUUAACAGGCACCAAGUAAGCUGUGUAUUGACGUACCAAGAUGCCUUGCCAUGGAAGAAUGUGUGUGCUUGUUGUGUAAUCUAUAUCAGUCUAUAUGUGUAGUUAUACAUACAUAUGUACCACUGUGUGUAUGUGUGUGUCUAUACAUAUAGGGAACGCACACAGUCGCAGACUUUGUCACACGCAGGAAAGAGACCUUUCCUCACCAGGCACAUUCACGCAGUGUCUGUUUCAGAACUCAUAUCCCAGAAUCCUCAGUAUGUAGAUAUGGUCACAUGUUCCUCGUUCACGCCUUCUUCCUGGCCACUAGAAAUAGAUUGCCCCCCAGAUAGCUAGCUAAUGAGAUUCCAUAUGUGCAGUGUACUCAGAGUUUAUCCCCCACUGGGCUCUGUUUGAUCACUGCUGAGCUGUCGCCAAAUAACAUGUAUGUUUGAGAUAGUUAUGGGCUAGAUAGUAGUAACUGGUCAUCACCCUUCUACUAUGUGACUUUAACCCCCAUUUCUUCUGCCAAGCAGGGCUAGCAAAUCAGAUCUUUCAGGGAUUAGGUUUUACUGUUUUUAUGAUAUAAAAAGGCCAAUGGACGCUGAUAUGGCGGGUGAUGAUGCUGCUGAUAGGUUCCUCUUGCACUGACAGUUCCUUCUAAUGACCACAAGGAAGCUGUAUGGGAAUGUGCACACUCUGCUUUUUUGCAAUAUGGAUGCGUAAGGGCUUUUCUGACUCUCAGUCCUGGACUAGACAACUGAAAGGGUUAAGUAAAGCUGGCCAUACAUGGGUGGAUAUAAGCUGCCAGUUUGGUCCCUUCGGACCGAAUUGGCAGUAUAUUGAAAGGGUUAAGUAAAGCUGGCCAUACAUGGGUGGAUAUAAGCUGCCAGUUUGGUCCCUUCGGACCGAAUUGGCAGUAUAUUGGACUGUACAUAGGGCCUUCCGAUGGCCUACCUCACCUACCUGGUUGCAAAAUCCCAUCAGACAAGGACCUCACCAACCAGGUAGCCUUCCAUUAUGAACGUAAUGUUGGCCUGGGCAAGAUAAGAAGAUUAGCCUAAUUUGGCCCAGCACAUGGGUGACCCAAGUUUGGUGAUUUGGUGCCCUCUCCAAACAAGGGGAUCUUCACAUAUUUGCCCAGUUUACACGCUCGGGUGGAGUUAACAGUUAUGAAACCUGAAGGAAGUAGUUUUUUGGGGAGGUCUUCACAGCAGCUUUUUUGUUUAGGAGGCCAUAAUUCAGUCUUGUCCUGUAUUAAAGGGAUCACCUUAACUUUGGAACAUGAACUCCAACUUAAGACUUUGUAGCCAUUAAAUGAUUCCCAGCCACUGUGUAUAGGAGAUAAAGAGCUAAAGGGAAUCCAUGGAAAACCACAGGAAUGAUCAUUGACCCCUGGGUGAUGGCCAAGGUCUCAUGAGACUACACAUCCACAGUCACUCACUUUAAUGGCCUAUAGGUUACUUAACCCUUUUUGUACUCCAGUCCCUGGGACAGUUCUCGUUUCAUGGCCAGGGUGUCUGUCAGUGCAGAAUAACAGGGAAUGGAGGCAGUAUAUAAGCGAAGGUGUCAAUACUUGCACAGACCACUUUACUAACCCCUCAUGUUUUCCUGUUACAUGUUAUGUGUAAUGACCUGCCCUGUGUUAAUCUUGUCCUUUACAGAGGGCGACCAGCCGGUUCCUUUACGGUUUUAUCUUCCAUGUUUUUCCUCAGGCUUCUGUAUCAUUCCUACUCUCCUUCUGACGCACUUUGCCAGACCAUCUAGAUGGGCCGCUAAGCCUUCUAGAUGGACCUGUAAAGCCACCACUAGACUACCAAUAAGCAGAACGGGUUUUGCUCUCAUUUUUUGGUAAGACAGUUGUUCCAAAUUAGAAUAAAGGAGCAGGAGGAGAGAAAUAAAGAACAAACUGAGCUGAGAAAAUACAGUUCUCAGUUCUUAGGGAGAAAUUGUGACUUUCAAAUGGGAAGGGGGCGGGGGGAAUAAUGGUUUUUAUGUCCUACUUCCAGUCUGUUUCGGCAGCUUAUCUGUGAAACAUCCAAUACCAGGUGUGAGACUAUGAAACGUGUUGCUUCGUGUAUACAAUUAAAAAAAAAAAUAAGAAAAAACUGAAACUGUUUAAAACAAAAAAAAAAAAAAGAAGAAGAAGAAGAAGAAGAGGACAAUUUCCGGGUGUCUUUUAGCUGUCUCAUUCCAAUUUCAACGUGUGUUACAAUAUGCAGUAUAUUCUAAGCUAACGUGAGUGUUUCUAUCUGUCGUCCUUCUCUGUGCUUUUAAACUGUAGUCUGGGUCUGUCAUGUUCUUUACUCCCUGUGUGUCAGUGAAUCAGUGGUACAUGGGGGCUUGUGGAUGUUUGUAUAGUGCCAAAGCUGCUUUCACUGUUAGUACACCCUAUGGGUAUCUUUGCAAUUCCUUUGUUUUCAGUUUUUUGCCGUCGCUUUUACUGUUGUGGAAUUUAGUACUCUGUCCUAAUUACUGUUCUGUACUUUUUAACUCUGUCCUGUUGUCUGUCAUUCCCAUCACAAGCCAAUAAGACGUGUAUUUCCAAAAUGGCAGCCUGCGUUGGAGUCUGUAUCUGGCGGGUCCGUCUCUGGACAGGGCAACUGGUUCUGUUAUGGUUCUGAGGAGAUGAGUUGAGGCAUUACUGUGCGCUGGCUUCUCUGGCUGUCUCUGACAGAAGACUUAAAGGUCAUUAAAGUAUAAUGGAAUAAUUCAAACAUACAUUAACAAUGGGGGAGCACAGUCCUGUGUCUUAUUCCUCUCUGUCCCUUCCCCAACCAUCUCCGACUAUAUUCUACAACUAGACACACUAUAUAUCCUCAAUAUUUUGGGUGCCUUAUUGCCAUCCAGGCAUUGCAAAUGUUUUCAUUAGAUGACUAUGGUAUGUGCCAAACUGCCAGCCUUCACUUUGCUGGUCUUCCCUAACAAUCAAGAAAGCAGCCCUAUAGCCAACAAUUUCUUAUCCCGUCUGCUUUUGAAAAAAAACCAAGACCAGAAGUGGUGUUGGACCUCAGUGUGGCCUCAGGGAAACCAAUGGGAGACCUCAGUGUCACUACCAGGAGGACAAUAGUAAACCUCAGUGUCACUACCAAGAGGCCAAUAGCAAACCUCAGUGUCACUAGCAGGAGGCCAAUAGGAAACCUCAGUGUCACUAGCAGGAGGCCAAUAGGAAACCUCGGUGUCACUACCAGGCGGCCAAUGGGAAACCUCAGUGUCACUACCAGGAGGCCAAUGGGAAAGCUCAGUGUCACUACCAGGAGGCCAAUAGGAAACCUCAGUGUCACUAACAGGAGGCCAAUGGGAAACCUCAGUGUCACCAACAGAAGGCCAAUAGGAAACCCCAAUGUCACUACCAGGAGGCCAAUAGGACACCUCUGUGUCACCACCAGGAGGCAUGGAGGCCAAUGGGAGACCUCAUUGUAUCUACCUGGAGGCCAAUGGAAGAAUCCAUUGCUAAAUGCAGCCUUUUGUCCAUAAUUUCCCACAACCAUCUCAUGCUAUCAUAAAAGCCCAUUGAUAGGAGUGAAUGGACACUUGCUUUGUGUGUUCUGAACACAUAAAAGCCAUUAUUGGGGUUGGGCUGACCUGGCCUCCUGGGAAGUGGGAUCUGCCCUUUCCAUUAGUCCUUUCUUAUUUCCACUUAUAACUCUAUACCAAGGGGCAGUGUCCCCAUCUAAUUGCUCUAAGAGUGGGUCCUGGAUGUCGGGUUCUCUGGUUGGUUGUAGGGCCAACAUUGUGGGACAUUAUACAUCCUGGUAUCUCAGAGCCUCAAAGGAAUGUCAUGGUAAUCCAUCCCCAAGUCUAUCUUUUCACAUUGGUAAUGCAGAAACACUUCUCUUUGUAGCUCUAGCAAGGAGUGGCCUCUAACAUUUGGUGGCUUUCAGUCUCUGUCAGAUAUGUCAGCCAUCUCCACUCUAGAACCAGAAUGAGAACAUUCUAGAACCAGACCUGGGCCUCCUCGAACUCCGUGCAGCUGCAAACACUGAUAUAUCUCUAAAUUCCACUUCCAAGGUUUACGUUUGACUCUUUGUCUUCCAUCUUUGUUUAUUUUUUUUUUUAAGUUUUGUUCUUGUUUUUUUGUUUGAAAUUUUUUUUUCCAAUGGUGUUUGUGUCGUGUCGAAAGAUUAAAAAAAAAUAAUAUUAUUAAUAAUAAUAAACUAUUGAAGAUUUCUGGUUAUUUCAAGUGAGCGAAUUUAACAGCUGCUUUCGAAAUAAAAAUUGUCUGACAAUUUGCAAAAAUGACGAUAAAAAAAUCAAUUUGUCAUUUUUUUUUCUAUUUGUGACGGGCGUGUCUGUGUUUUUAACUCUUUCUUGUAAAUGAAUAUGAGAAACUUUAUACGGUUGGUGCCAGUCGGAGAAGGGAAGGGGGCGGUUAGGAAACGGGCGGCAUUGUACCUGUCCAUCCAGCAGUGUUACCAACGGAAACGUUUAAGAAAUAUAUAUAUAUUAAAACGUUUUAAAUCAAAACAAAAAAAAAAAAGCUAUAGUUAUGGGUACGUUUCCUUGUGUGUUUUACAAACUAACUCAGUUUUAACUCUACGUGCCUCAUCUGUUGUAUAAAAGAGUAAGAGAAACAUUAUUUUUCCAUUAACCAUCAUUUAAUACGGUGCAGAAACAAAAAAAAAGGAAAAUGACGAAAAAAAGCAAAAACUGUACAUAAUUUCAUUUUUUUUAAAACAAGGUUCUUUUUUAUACUUUUCUAGGCCUGCUUACACACCAUACAUGCUGUCUUUUAUGUAAAUUAAUUUCUUGAUUCAUCCGGCAGGAAUCAUUUUCAUAAUAAACUUUACAUUUUGGA